UGAAAAGGCAAAAAAGUGGCAAAAAUCCAACUCAUCAUUCUUGAAUGAUAAAGCAGGAGGAGGCUACCCACUAGAUAUAGGUUGCGAGUUCAUAGAAUGGGACUCCCGGCGACGUGGGCGGCCAGGGAAAACAACAACGCCGGUGGCGGCAGUACUGGUACCGGCGGCAGAGCCAGCAAUGGAUCAAUGGGCUUUCUGUUCCUCUUCUUCUCCGAAAACGAAACCGCCCUUGAUCUCUUCUCUAAUCCGUCGGCAUUCAAGCCCAUCAAUGCUUUACUCCGCCGUUCAAUCUCCACCGCCCUCUGCUCCACCAUUUCCAUCGCCGCCCUCCUCUUCUUCUUCCUCACUCUUCUUUUCUUCACCAUUUACCUCGACCCCGCCGCCGAUUCCUCCCAUUUCUCGGCAAGGAGACUGCAAAAUCCGGCCUCCAAUUACUUAUCCAUCCGCCACGCCGCGCUGCAGGGGAUGGGCACUCUGUACCGGAGAGGAAGCAGAGCGAUGAGCCAUCUCGUCGUAGCUCACGCCGGAGAAUCUCUCACGGCGCACGACCUCAGGCUAUUCCUGAGACUCGUUUUCCGGUCCGGGAUAUACGCGAAAUCGGACAUUUUGCUGAUUUUCCGGUCAAAGCCGGCGUCCCACGACCGGGUCGUCGCGGAGGAGAACGGGCGGUUCUUGAAGCUCCUCCACGCCGGAAAUCGUCAGAACUCCACGGAUGCUUUCGACGCGGCACAUUUCAUGAUUUCCGACAAGAAGAUGAAGGCGAGCAGUGCGCCGAUCUGGGGGCGCAAAAUACGGAGGUUUUCCGGCGGAGGAAACUCGACUGAGUCGACUCGGCUGAGUUACGGGUCGGUGGUGGGGUUCGACGCCGACGAGCUUGACCCGGAGAAUUCUCUGGCCGGGUUUCUUGACCACGUGCCCAUGAGCUUGAGAAGAUGGGCGUGUUAUCCCAUGUUACUCGGACGAGUCAGGAGAAAUUUCAAGCACGUGACUCUGGUGGACGCAAAAGAAUUUCUUCUACUCGGAGACCCACUCGGGCGAGUCAAGCACAAGAAUCCCGAGUCAGUGUAUUUAAGAACAGUCACUCCGUCUCCUGCAGCAAAACGCGUCAAGAACUCGGAUAAAAAAUGGGUCACCCCCGGAAUCAUUUCGGGCGGGGCUAGGGGGAUCCGACUGUUUUCGAGCACAAUGCUGACCGGGAUCGUCGGGGAGGCAAUACAACAUAAGAAGAAGAGGCCGGUGACUGAGCUCGAAGUCAUCAACAACCUCGUCCAAAAUGAGUUGGUACUUGAGAAGGUGAGCUUGGUAAUAUCGGGUGAGUCCAUUCCGGGUCUGAGUUCACUCACUGAGUUGAACCGGAGACCGGGUUUUUCUGGCUUACCCGUGGUAUCGACCACUAUGACAGGAAACAAAAAUGAGGAUAAUAGUCUGGUGAUUUUGAAAUAUUUAUGCUCAUUAUUAUAUUUAGAUGCCAGAGUUUAUCCUGAUUGUUAAUUAUUAGAGCCUAAAGGGAAUUAUAAGUGAACCGGUAAUGAAAGGAAAGAAUUAAAGAAGAAAAAUAUACAUACCCAAUUAGGUUUUUUGGAGCGUUUCUUCCUUGGUAUUGUAUAGCAUUUUGUAAUUUGUACAAUGGAAACCUAUCUAUCUUUUAGUUGUAAUUGUAAUUUAGAAGUAGGGUUUUGGAGUAAUUUCUUAAUUGUAACAUCAAUUCACUUGUAACGUGGUUUUAUUAUGAAUAUUAUAAAUAGACAAAAUGCAUAUAGACA